GGAAUACUAGACUCUUGCUGUGAAAGCAGUAGUACCACAAAUUCACUAGAAAAAGUGCAGUUCCAGAAACUUCACUUUUCUCCGAGGCAUCCUUCUGGGGCCCAUUUUAGAGUUAGAUUUACAUGUUGCCCCUAUUUCCCAAUGAAUCUUCUACAGACCCCACCCAGGUUCUUUUCCUGAUCCUUAUUCCGAGUUCUACCCCACAGGCCACUUCUGACCUCAUAAUCCCUCCACUGCAACCUCAGGCCCCACCCCCUAGCGAUGCUGGUUAUCUACAACUGCCCAGAGCUAACUGCCCAGAGCUCUCUCCCGUCUUCCCUGGCCUGCACUUCCUUUAGCAUGUGAUCCACCUGCCUCUCCAAUCCCCCAACCCCAUGGAUUUCCCAAGGUCUCCAGAACACCCUCCUUCCUCAUGACUCAUCAGGCCCUUUCUGAAAAGUAAGAUCUUGACAGCAUGUUCAUCUACAUCACAUAUGGAGAUGAUCAGACUUUAAUUGCCAAUACCAAUUGUGCUGUCUACCACCUGCUGUAUUACGUCCGCAGAAAACUGGGGUUGUCUAAAAGAGGCUCCAUCGAUUUGUGUGAUACAGCAGGAACAAUGAAGUUGUUUUUCCUGAUGAAGAAGCCUGGAGACUAUGCCAACAAAUACCUUACAUCUCGAAACACCUACUAUGUCUGUAGGGUGAUACGUGGGAAACCAGGAACCCAACAUGCCAAUGCCUUCCUAGCCUUUGUACCUCUCCUGAAGAAUCCAGAACAAGCAGUAGUCGAGGCCUUGCGCUUACAAUGUGCCUUAAUGGAGAGAAGCCGACUGAAAAUGCUUGCAAUCAAACAAGCCAGGAGACUAGCUAAAGCCGAAUCCGCUAGGAGCUUGGCAGCCAAAAAAGGUGGAACCAAGUCCACUCGCAAGGGCGCAGGCCAGAAGCUCAGGGUAAGCUUUAAAACUCCCACUCCAAAGCCGAAACGAAAACCAAAUAAAGUGACCAAGUGA